AUGCGUCAUUGGUGUAAAGAGAAAGAUCUUCCGGUAGCAGACCCAUCUGGCUCUUCUUCUGUUAUUAAGCAAGAACUUGACACGAAGCUAUCCCCUGAAGUUUUGUGGGGUCAAAAAAACUUGAUUGAUAUCCAAUCACCCACAGAAAGCGAAAACAGUCCCUUGUAUGGUACUCGCAUUCAAAAGCUCAAUCAGAAGGCCUAUCCAAGGACCCCUUUAUCAGCACCUUCACCGAAUGCUAUAAUAGACCAAUUAGAAAAUACUAACUCCAAUCGUCCAAGAUCACAUUCAUCAAUGCAUAGUUCCACCCAAAUGGCCGAGUGCAAUUCAAAAUUACCGUCACCCCACGCUCAAUGUCUUAGUAAAGAAGUUAGUAUAGAUUUGACCUCGUCUGGUAUCUCGCAGGAAAUUUUAACAAGAUUACAUCUAAAUAAUAGUUCAUCUAAAAAUGUGGACUAUACGCCACCGAAUUAUCCCAGUGCUACAGAAAUCUUGUCACCAACAUGUUCAUCAACACCUACGAUGGAAGCGGACAGUAGUGUGGUGUCAUCAUCAGGUCAGUUCUUAGAAUAA